CUUAUUUCAACCCAAAUUGCCGCCAAUUAAAUCCCUAGAAUCCCGAGCACACUACUCCCAAUUUCCUUAUAAACCCUAGCAGCCCCCAUUUUGCCCCCCCAAAACCCACUCCCAAAUCUUCAAUUGCUACCCGUUUCCCCAUUUGCCCUACAAAAACAGCGAACGUUAAUCCGCAAGGAUGUUGGAGCUGAGGCUCGUGCAGGGGAGCCUGCUGAAGAAGGUUCUGGAAGCAAUUAAGGAUCUGGUGAACGAUGCCAAUUUCGACUGCUCGGCCACCGGAUUCUCCCUCCAGGCCAUGGACUCCAGCCACGUGGCGCUGGUGGCGCUGCUGCUCAGAUCUGAGGGCUUCGAGCACUACAGGUGCGACCGCAACCUGUCCAUGGGAAUGAACCUCGGCAACAUGGCCAAGAUGCUCAAGUGUGCUGGAAAUGAUGACAUCAUCACCAUCAAGGCGGAUGAUGGGAGCGACACGGUCACCUUCAUGUUCGAGAGCCCCACUCAAGAUAAGAUUGCAGAUUUUGAAAUGAAGCUCAUGGAUAUUGAUAGUGAGCAUCUUGGAAUCCCUGAAGCUGAGUAUCACGCCAUAGUUAGGAUGCCAUCUGCUGAAUUUGCAAGAAUUUGUAAAGAUCUGAGCAGUAUUGGUGACACGGUUGUGAUCUCUGUAACUAAGGAAGGUGUAAAAUUCUCAACAAGAGGUGAUAUUGGAACAGCUAACGUUGUUUGCAGACAAAAUACUACAGUAGACAAGGUUGUUCUUGUGGCCUUUCCUGAAGAUGCUACGGUUAUAGAGAUGAAUGAGCCCGUGUCUCUGACUUUUGCUCUAAGGUACUUGAAUUCUUUCACAAAGGCAACUCCCUUGUCUAACACGGUUACAAUUAGCUUGUCCUCCGAGCUUCCAGUUGUGGUUGAGUAUAAGAUUGCAGAAAUGGGCUAUAUAAGGUUCUAUUUGGCACCCAAGAUUGAGGAGGAUGAUGAAGAAACAAAGGGAUAAUUUAUUGAUUUGCGCUUGUUGGGGAAAUCUUGUUUGCUAGCUCGAGCCUAGUAGUAGUUGGUGUAGUUGAGGAUUAUAAGUUGGUAUUACUGAGCUAGUUUCAAUUGGUAUCAUUCAUAGGUGUGGUUAAUUUGAUAAAUGUUACUCGAUUACAGUUC